CAACCAGCUUCUAGCUUCUACAUCCAGCCCAAGAAAAAGCUUCUCGCUUUUUACGAGCGAUCCAAACAGAGGAUUCAGCCAUGUCCCGCAGAGGCAACAUCCUCCUGGCGGCAGCGGUGGCGGCGCUGAUGGUGGCCUCGGCGGCGGCGCAGUCCGGGUGCACAACGGUGCUCAUCGGCCUGUAUCCGUGCCUGAACUACAUCAGCGGCAACGAGACGGCGCCGACUAAAUCCUGCUGCUCGCAGCUCAGCUCUGUGGUGCAGUCCCAGCCACAGUGCCUCUGCAGCGCGCUCGGCGGCGACUCCGUCGGCGGCAUCACCAUCAACAAGACCCGGGCGCUCGAGCUCCCCAAGGCGUGCAAUGUGCAGACCCCUCCAGUAAGCAGGUGCAACGACGCUGGUGGUGCCAGUGCUCCCGGCGCCGCCGUCGCGCCGACCACGCCGGAUGUACAGACACCUGUGCCUGCCGGAUCAGGGUCGAAGGCCACGCCGUCGGGGCCACUGCAGGGGAGUGGCGUCUCGUCUCUCAAUGGCCCGGCGGGCCUGGUGUUCGCGCUCGCGGCUGCUGCGUUCUACACCAUGUCCACCGUAUGAGCGAUCAGCUUGGUUCACCUAUUACAUCAUCACUGGUCAAAGAAAAAGCCCAGUUCUUAUAAAACUACGGCUGGGCUAUUUCUCA